GUCCACGAUCUUGCCUACAUAUGGUGGUAAUUCAGUCCCCGGUGGUAUUAAAUCUACUGCAGUCAGACCUCGACACAACUCGGAGCCCUGUUCACAGCCUGAAACCCACUGGAUUCCCCUCAGCUGGACACCAUGCCACUAGCAACCGUCGAUGAAUUCGGUUCGCAGUGCUAUUAUGUGGACACUGGCGCACCUCCUAAUUCCAACUACACGACUCUCGUGCUCAUUCACGGAGCAGGCUUUCAAGGCGCCAUCUUCGAGCGUUUGUUUGUCCAUGCAGCGAAACAUAACAUGCGGCUCGUAGCGGUCAAUAUGCGCGACUACGCUGGUUCGACCCCAUAUUCUCCGUCUGACUUGGCCGACUUAGGCGGUGACGUUGAGAGACAGGCAGCAGCACUGCAUGCUCGUGGGCUCGAAAUCUUGGCGUUUCUUCUGUGGUACAUCCGCAAGGAGGGCAUUCCUCUUUUGUCCGCGAAGACACGAGGGGGAUGGAUAGGUGGUGGCGGAAUAUCGCUGCUUGCCUGGUCAUGGGGGUGCAAGAUGGCCUUGUCUUGCAUUGCGUGCGCGCAGCAGCUGUCGCACGAUGACAGAGAGCUUCUGGCAGGCUACAUGCGAGCGCUCAUUCUCCUUGAUCCCAGUGCUCGCGCGUUCGGUGCACCUAUGAUACCUUUUGAAGACUGUUACAACCCCUUCGAGGACGCGUCUUUAACACCAGACGCAAGACAGAAGAGCUUCCCCGAAUGGGCCUCCGGUUACUACGCACAUUCUCCUGCCAUCUUAGACGCACUCCCCUCUCGCGCAUAUGCAGAAGCAUGUGCGGGACUUUCGACCAACCGCAUAGCAGACCCGCCUCCUCAUCAAACACCAACGCUUCUGCGUAUGUCUUCCGAUGAGCUGGGGAAGGUAGCCAAUGAGGACGUCAUGGCGCAUUCGCAUAUGUUUUAUGUAUUCAUGGACGACAAAGUCUACAAGGAUACCAUGCGUCGAGCAUUGCAUGACACCUCCGUAUGGCCAGGAUUGCGCGUGGCGCUGCUGUGGUGUGACAUGUCCGUCAGUGCGACGGUCAUGUCGUCUUGGGGCCUACUGAAGGAGUACCAAGACGAAUGGCCGGCUGGUGGGAGGCGUAUAGAUGCAGUUCGUAUGAAGGGUGCUAAUCAUUUCCCGCACUGGGAUUAUCCGGAACGUACAAUGCAACUACUGGCUGACAUCAUAUGGGCCGAAGACAUUCCAUCAGUCAUCCGGAUGCGCGACACGGAGGAGGUCCACCCUAGAUUAUAGUAAGCACCCAUUCUGACUUCUGCUUUGUCUCUGCCCCGUACGGGCUGGACUUCAGCAAUUGAUGCAAUUGAACCA